GCCCAACAAUUAAUUAUGCAGGCUGAUGGUCAUGAUCAUAAACACUCCCAAUCGAAAAUAAUAAUGAUUGUUGUGUUGUCGGUUAUCUCAAUAUUCAUCUUCAUAGGCCUUGUCUUUUUUGUAAACACUCUGAUGGAGAAGAAAAAUAAAUUUAAGUUCAGACUGGAUCCGUUCUUGGAGGGCAUGGCCAUGGAGAAGCUAAUUCGAUUCAAGUCCGCACAACUUGUUGAUUGUACCAAUAAUUACUCGACACUUCUAGGGUCUGGAGGAUUUGGAAAGGUUUACCUUGGACAACUUCCAAACGGAGUUCAAUGUGCUGUCAAGGUGCUUCAAAGAAACUUGGAUAGGAAAACAGAGGAACAAUUCAAGGCCGAGGUUAGUACUAUAGGUCGAACUUACCAUGCAAACUUGGUAAAGUUGUAUGGUUUUUGCUAUGACGAUUCAUUGAGCGCACUUGUCUAUGAGUACAUGAAGAAUGGAUCGUUGGACAAGUAUUUGUUUCGCGAUAAUCAUAGUAGUACUAGUAGUCCAAUGAUUUCAUGGGAAAAGUUUUAUGAAAUUGCAGUUGGAACUGCAAAGGGCUUAGCAUAUUUACACGAAGAUUGUCAGCAAAGGAUAAUCCACUAUGAUAUAAAGCCUGCAAACAUUCUUAUCGAUGACAACUUCUCCCCAAAGGUUGCUGAUUUUGGCAUGGCUAAGUUAUGCAAUAAGGAUAAAACUCAUGUGACUAUGACAGGAUAUAGGGGGACCCCGGGCUACUCUGCACCCGAGUUUCUCCUCCACAACUUUCACAUCACUUACAAGAGCGAUGUCUAUAGCUUUGGGAUGUUGUUAUUCGAGAUAUUGGGGCGAAGGAAGAACACGAAUAUGAGUGCUACUACUAGCAAUUUGGAUUGGUUCCCAAGUUGCGUGUGGGAUAAGUAUGAGAAAGGAGAAUUGGAAGAGCUAACAAAAUCUUGCAAAAUUGAAGAAGCCGAGAGAGAACGUGCACAAAGGUUGGCCAAGGUGGCUUUGUGGUGCGUUCAGGACUCCCCUCAUGCAAGGCCUCGGAUGAGCAUUGUGGUGAAAAUGUUGGAAGGAGAAGUCGAAAUCUUGCCCCCUCCAAAGCCUUUUAGUUUUAUGUUCUCUAUUAGGGAAAAUACGAUAAAUUCAUCGAAGACAAGCAAGGAAGUAGACUCAAACUGGUAUAAAGAUACAUCGAGAAUCAUAUUUGAAUGUGAAAUACAAAUAGAUAACUAA